AUGUUGAAGACCAUCAUUUUUCUGAUCUAUUUUGUGCGGUUUUGUGAUUUUUGUAUAGCGACGAAUAGUGGAGGAGGAUGUGAGUUUUAGUGGCGGGAGGCAGAGUUACGAUAUUUUUAAUUUUUUUCAAUAGUACCUGUGCUAGAUGAUGAGUUGGAAGAGGGACCGGGGGAACCUGAAGAGCCUUCAACUCCGAGCACAACUACUACAGAAGAGCCUGAAGAGCCCGGAGAGCCCACAACCCCAAGCACCACUACCACAGGAGAGCCUGAAGAGCCCGAAGAGCCUGAAGAACCCACAACCCCAAGCACCACUACCACAGAAGAGCCCGAAGAGCCUGAAGAACCCACAACCCCAAGCACCACCACUACAGAAGAACCGGAAGAGCCCACCGACUCUUGCCCCGAUGCCACGUGGACCCUUUUCGAUAGAGGAAGUUAUUCCUGGUGCAUGAAAGCGAUAGUCCAAUCGACCCAAGGCCCCACAGCUGCACAGAAUUGCGAAAACUUCUACAGUGGCUCGAAACCGUCUGGCUUCCAAACCGCGACUGAAGUCACAACAAUGAUUGCUCAGGCUAAAGCAGCGAAUAAUGGAGUUGAUGGUCGGUUUUAUAUCGGCGCUUAUCGGAAUGCUGCGUGUAUUGGCAAGAUGCUCACAGCGAGUUGCACGAAGUUGAAUUCGUUUUAUUGGACAGAUGGCGAGACUUCAGGGACUGCUGGAUGGAUUUGGGAUGGUGUUCAACCCAAUAACUGGAACUCUGAUCAGAAUUAUGUUUAUUUGGAUACAAGUGCAAAUGGUAUGGGUGAUGCAAAUGGUGCUGCCACGUAUGCUGGAGUUAUUUGCGGAAUCAAAGCGACCUAA